AUGGGCGCAGGCAGUCCCAGGAGGCCGUCGUGGCUUCUGUCGCCGCCGCCGCCGCCGCCGCUGCUGCUGCUGCUGUUCUUGGGCCUCGCGGGCGCCGGCCGGCAAGUCGACAAAGUCGGCGACUACCAGGAGUCGGUGCUCGCCCUCGUGUCGGAGGCGGAGGCGGAUGGCCGGGCUGACACGGCGGAGCCCUUGGCCACAGCCACCUUCCACCGCUGCGCCAAGGUGCGAGCGCCCGGGUGCUGGGCAAGGACGAGCCCAGCGCGCUCCUUCCUCUCGGAUCUGUUUCUGCGGUGCAAGGGAGGGAAGCAACGAGCUUUGUCUUACACAGGUGGAGGCGGCCAGGUAAAGGUGUAUCUCUUAGACACCAGUAUCCAAAGUGGUCAUCGGGAAAUUGAGGGCAGGGUGACAGUCACUGGCUUUGAUGAUGUGCCUGAGGAAGACGGGACAGACUUCCACAGACAGGCCAACAGGUGUGACAGCCAUGGCACCCAUGUGGCCGGGGUGGUCAGCGGCAGAGAUGCUGGCGUGGCCAAGGGCGCCAGCCUGCACAGCCUGCGUGUGCUCAACUGCCAAGGGAAGGGCACAGUGGGUGGCAUCCUCAGAGGUUUGGAGUUUAUUCGGAAAACUCAGCUGGCCCAGCCCUCAGGGCGCUCUGUGGUGCUGCUGCCCCUGGCGGGCGGGUACAGCCGGGCCCUCAAUGCCGCCUGCCAGCGCCUGGCGAGGACUGGGUCGGUGCUGGUGGCUGCUGCUGGCAAUUUCUGGGAUGACGCCUGCCUCUACUCCCCAGCCUCGGCCCCCGAGGUCAUUACUGUUGGAGCUACGAACGCCGAGGACCAGCCGGUGACCCUGGGAGUUCUGGGGACCAACUUUGGCCGCUGUGUGGACCUCUUUGCCCCAGGAGAUGACAUCAUAGGUGCCUCCAGCGACUGCAGCACCUGCUUUAUGUCCCAGAGCGGGACGUCCCAGGCUGCUGCCCACGUGGCUGGCAUUGUGACCGUGAUGCUGACCACCGAGCCAGAGCUCACCCUCACAGAGCUGAGGCAGCGACUGAUCCGCUUCUCUGCCAAAGAUGUCAUCAAUGAGGCCUGGUUCCCUGCGGACCAGCGGGUGUUGACCCCCAACUUGGUGGCCACUCUGCCCCUCAGCACCCCGGGAGCAGAUGGGCAGCUGCUCUGCAGGACUGUGUGGUCAGCGCACUCCUCGGAGGCCCUGGCCCGCUGUGCUGUGGAUGAAGAGCUGCUGGGCUGCUCUAGUUUCUCCAGGAGGGGCCGGCGGCGGGGAGAGCGUGUGGAGUCCCAAGGGGGCAGGCGGGUCUGCCUGGCCCACGGUGCAUUUGGGGGUGAGGAUGUCUUCGCCAUUGCCAGGUGCUGCCUGCUACCCCAGGCCAGCUGCAGCGUCCACACAGCUCCACCCAGGGGUGCUGGCAGGGAGACGCAUGCCCACUGCCACCAGCAGGGCCGUGUCCUCACAGGCUGCAGCUCCCACUGGGAGGUGGAGGAUCUUGGCGCCCCCAGGCACCCCAGACCGAGGCCACGGCCCGCCGGGUGUGUGGGCCACGAGGAGGCCAGCGUCCACGCUUCCUGCUGCCACGCCCCGGGUUUGGAGUGCAAAGUCAGGGAGCAUGGGGUCACGGGCCCUGCCCAGAAGGUGGCCGUGGCUUGCGAGGAGGGCUGGACCCUGACUGGCUGUGGGACUCUCCCAGGGGCCCUGUACACCCUGGGGGCCUACCCAGUGGACAACACCUGUGUGGUGAGGAUCCAGGACAUCAGCAGCGAAUUCGAGACCAACGAGGGGGCUGCAGCUGCUGUUGCCAUCUGUUGCCGGACCUGGCCCUUGAGGGUGCAGGCCUCACAGGGGUUCCAUUGACAGUCCCCUUAGAACACAAUGCACGGAGAAGGGGUCAAGGCUCGGCUGCAGGGAUCCCACGUCUUAGGUGGGUGUCGACAUGGUUCCUUCUUCCCCCGAAGCUCUCUUCAGCUUGGGCCAUGGGCUAUCUCCUCC